GAUAGAUCGAUUCAAUAUUUUGUUUUUCAUCAACAAUUUUCAACGUGACUUUAUUUUUCUGUUUGUUCCCUGAUUUAACUUGAAAUUUAUUUUGUUUUUGUGAUUAUUUUGUUUAUUCUCGAUCUGUAUGCCAUGGAAGGAACAUUCAAGCCAAAACAUUGUAAAAAGCUUUUCAAAUUGGUUACCAAAAAAUCCAAGAUUGGGAAAAGUGACAAUGUGCAACAGAAGGAUGAUUUUUUACCAAAACUAAAACCUAAAAACUUCAAAAUCAAACCUAAACUAUCACGUAGUGGAAAAUUGAAUGUACAUUGUAAAAAGCAUUUGGAAUAUUCCCAGUUUAGAGCUAUGAAUGAAUUCAUUUACAGCAAUAACAGUCGAAGUGGGUUCGAUUACAUGAAAGAUGCAGACAGAUUCAAUAAAUACCACGAAGCAUAUGAAGAAAUUGUUCGUAAAUGGCCAGUGAAACCUGUUGACUAUAUCGUGAAGAAAAUUGAAGAGUUUGCUGGUCCUGAUUGGGAGAAAGAAUGGGUUAUUGCAGAUCUUGGUUGUGGUAAGAAGCCAACAAUUAAGCAGAAACUUCCUAAAGCUAAGGUUCACUCAUUUGAUGCAGUAUCUCGACAUCAUGAUAUUAUAGCAUCAGAUAUAACCAAGGUUCCUCUGGAAGAUCAUUCAAUUGAUAUAGCUGUUUAUAGUUUAUCCUUGAUGGCCACCAAUAUCAAAGAUUUAAUUUGUGAGGCCAAUAGGCUAUUGCGGAAAAAGGGUAUUCUCAUGAUUGCUGAGGUAUCAUCACGGUUCGAAGAUGAAAGUGUAGAUAAAUUUCAAGAAAAGUUGAAACAAUAUGGAUUUGAAGUGGUAGAGAAACAAUUUUUACCUCCAAAUGAUUUUUUUGUUUUCAUUCUUGCUACCAAAAAGAAAAGCCUGAAGAAGGAAAACAUUUCAGAAUUACCUGCAAUAACUUUAAAACCAUGUUUGUACAAGCCUCGUUAAAUUAAACUAUUUUUUCUAACAUUAAA